AUGGCCGGUAGGAUGUCGACUGGCGGUAUCGCACUAGUCCUGGCCUUGACACCUCAUCGGUUCUCUGGACUAAACAUCAUCGGUCUCGUCAUCUUCCUUAUGGACCUCGUCUUUUUCACAUUUAUCACCAUAGCACUGUGUCUGCGCUUCAUCUUGUACAGACAUACGCUGUCUAAGUCGAUGACACACCCAUCUGAGGCCCUGUUCAUCUCCACCUUCUUCCUUUCGAUCGCCGCAAUGCUCUCCAAUGUCCAAGAGUACGGCGAGAUCUUCUUGGGCGACAACGACAAGCGUAGGCUUUACGUCUUCCUCCGCGUGGCAUUUUGGGCCUACCUGGCUGUGACUUUCCUCUUGUCGGUGGUGCAGUACCACCUCCUAUUCACAGUCAAGGUUGAGAGGCGACUCUCCACCUCAACCAUGACACCAGCAUGGAUUUUACCAAUCUUCCCAAUCAUGCUAGCAGGGACAUUGGCUGGCUUCUUUUCGCCCACUCAAUCACCAGAGCAGGCCUUGUCCAUGAUUUCGGCUGGUCUAGCCGCUCAGGGGCUGGGUAUGCUUGUGUCCGUCUUCAUGUACGCGACAUAUCUGUCACGUCUCAUAUCAUUCGGCCUACCCAUCCAACGGCCUGGUAUGUUCAUCGCUGUCGGCCCACCAAGCUUCACAUGCGCAGCAUUGGUUGCGAUGGCUUCUGAUGUUCCGCGAAUCGUUGGAGCGGCCACCGGUUCAGAUGCACCAGUCCUCACCAGUCUUGCCAGCCCGGCCAUCGUCGCCGACGGAGUCAAAGUGGCCGCCAUCUACGUGUCCAUCUUCCUCUGGGGCCUCGCCUUCUGGUUCUUCAUCUCGGCCGUGGCCGCCGUCUUCGCUGGCAUGCCCGACCGGCGUUUCCACCUCAGCUGGUGGAGCUUCGUGUUCCCCAACGUGGGAUUCACCAUCGCCUGCAUCCGCAUGGGCGUCGCGCUGCAGAACGACGGCAUCCUGUGGCUCAGCAGCGCCAUGACUAUCACGCUGUUCAUCGUCUGGGCCUUUGUGGCGUUCCGCUGCGUGAGAGCGGUGAUCAAAAGAGAGAUCGUCUGGCCGGGCCAUGACGAGGAUUCAGACUAA